AUGCAGCAGCCGCAGCGGGCAGUUGGCGCCAUGCACAAGUUUAUGAUUCCCGCCGGCACGCCUGAGGAGGAGGCGCAGGGAGAGACGCGGAGCCCUUCUGCGUCUCUCGCGGACCAGCACCUGGCGUUGCACAAGCAGUUGGUGCGGAUAAAGAGCGCCUUCUACUACGCCCCGGGUGAGUCCAUGGCGGCGGUGCAUCCGAUGCAGGGAACUGUUUCCCCACGCCACGGCAAAGAUAUCCCGCCUCCGUGCAUCGUUUCCGGGAACGGGAAUCGUCCCCUCGCGGAGGCGGUGUCGAUGCUGCUGGGACUCCCAACUCACCAAACCCUGGUGGGGCAGCACGCCAAUGGCGAGGUGAACGUGCGCAUUGAUGAGAGUGUUCUUGGCGCCGAUGUCUAUAUCAUUCAAAGCACGACAGGAAAUGAAGUGAUUGACGUGAACACGGCUUUCAUGGAGCUGCUUUUCCUAAUUCGAAAGAUGCGUCUGAGCAAUGCCAGGCGAGUCACUGCGGUGAUUCCGUACCUCGCCUACUCCCGGCAGGACAGCAAGCAAAGCGUACGCAGCACCGUGUCUUCCUCCGCCCUUGCGGAGAUGUUGACACAGGCGGGCGCCGACCGCAUCACGACACUGGAUCUCCACUCUGGGCAGAUUCAAGGCUUCUUUGAAAACACCCCACUCGACAACCUGCAGAUGAACCCCGAGUUUGCAAAGUACCUGUGUAGCCAGUCUUGGUUUGACCCAGGCAACAUGGCCAUUGUUUCGGUUGGUUCCGGCGGCAUAGCGCGGGCGCGAAGGCUGGCCGACAUCCUCAACAUUGAUUGCAUUGUAACCAUCUUGAAGCGGUACAGCGCCUCCGGCGUCGAAACGUUGCAGCCCGUUGGUGAUGUCAAGGGCCGCAUCUGCGUUGUGCUGGGGGGCAUAUGCGACACGGGCCACAUAAUCGAGCGCGCGUGCGAGCUUCUCAGCGAAAUGGGCGCAACGAAGAUAACUGCUUGCUUUACCCACGGCAUUUUGACCCCGCCGUGCGCCCAGCGCAUCAACGACUGCGAGACCCUUAGUGAGAUUGUUGUGUCCGACUCCAUUCCGCAGGAGGAGCACCUUCGCCUGAUUCCCAAGCUGAAGGUCCUCACCAUCGCCCCCCUUCUCGCCACCGUCAUCGACCUGCACACGCGCGACGAGGGGAUCAGCUCUCUCUUUGACAUGCCCCCCCUUCACUCGCGGGAAAAAAAGGUGUCCUGCGCGCCUGAGGCGCAGGAAGUCCACUGA